AUGCAAGGGCAGAACAAAAUAGAGCAUUUGCCGAAGAAUUUUGUGGCUAAAGAAAAUCUAGAUGACGUCGCUUCGGGCAUCCUGUCUUUUGCGAAAGACGGAAUUGGUGCCAACAUAACUAAUGAACUUCUUAAAACCAUGGGCCAAGAUUAUAACCCAACGGCUUGGUCAAUUGUUGGUCCAGCGGCCAUAGACAAGGUGCUGAAAAUGUCCUGCCCUCAGCUGAUUCACUCGGCCAACUACCGGGCAGAGCCCUUCAGUAACUGUCAUGGCAUAACAGUAUUCAGCUACGAUUUUUUCUAUCCAUAUCACUACACGGAGAUCGAAGAUAUAUUUAGUGCUCCAACAGUAGAUUUCGACUUGGGAAGACCUUACGCUUACCAUAUGUGGAACUUCUUGUCGCAUAACAUAUCUAUUCACAAGGACACGGUGUACGAAAUUGUUGCUGGCGCCUUCUGCCCUACGAUCCAUGACACGUACAGAGAUGAAUUUUGUGUUGAAGAUAAAUUUGAAUUACCCUAG